UCAUCUCGCGCGGGCUCCUCCAGGUCUCGCGAGGCUAGGGGCGUUGUAACCAGUGCCCUAGUCUUUGCGGUGGUUCAGGUCAGGGCUUUACAGCGAAGUCAUUCGCGCCUGUGGCCUCUGCGGAGAGAGGCUGGAAUCCUCUUGGAGCGCAACUGGGAUGACUGGCCCGGCUAGAGGGUGCGGCGGAAGCGAGGGGCUGCCCUGGAGCGUGGCGCAAGUCCGUGCGAGGAGGGCGCUCUCCGCCCCGGGGACAGACCUGGGCCUGCGGCCUGCGCCGGCGCUUCCGGGGCGCGGCCGAGCCUCGGUGACUUCGCGGCCGGGCGCGCGGGGGACGCGGGCCGCUCGGAGCCGCCGGAGUGGCGGUGUCGGGAGCCGCCGCGUCCCCGCCGUCCACGCUGCGCUUGGACCCGGAGUUGGGAAGUCGGCGAAGCCCUGUGUCUCCUCAGGCUGUAGAAUCUCAGCGAGGAAUUUCGAUUAUUCCUUUGUCUCAGUAGCAUCCGCGCGGGAAGACCGUGUCGCGGGGCGCCUUAGGGUCGUGGCCGGUACAACCUUCCGGGAGCUAUGGAAAAUUGUUUUACAGCCCACACAAGUAAUAGAAGAGAUUUCAAGUCAAACACUGGAAGAGAUGUCAGAGGAUUCAGAUAAGGAAGACUAUUCAGACAGAACAAUAAGUGAAGAGGAAUCAGAUGAGGAUACAUUCAUGAAAUUUGUAAGUGAAGAUAUUCAUCAGUGUACAUUAUUAACAGCUGACUCUAUUAGUGACCCAUUCUUCCCCCGGACUACACAGAUAUUGUUGGAAUAUCACCUAGGGAGAUGGGUACCACGCCUUCGAGAACCCCGAGAUUUGUAUGGCGUUUCCUCUUCUGGUCCACUGAGCCAGACGCGGUGGCCGUACCACUGUGAGGUCAUUGAUGAAAAAGUUGAGCACAUUGAUUGGGCUCCUUUUUAUCCUGAGCCAGUGUACAUCCCAACAGGCCUUGAAAUGGAACCCUUGUACCCAAACUCCAAGGAAGACACUGUGGUUUACUUGGCUGAAGAUGCUUACAAAGAGCCCUGUUUUGUGUACUCCCGAGUUGGAGGCAACCGAACACCUUUGAGGCAGCCUGUGGAUGGCUCUGACAACACUUUGAUGUUUGAAGCAAGAUUUGAGAGUGGUAAUCUACAGAAGGUAGUCAAAGUGGCAGAAUAUGAAUACCAAUUGACGGUACGCCCAGACCUCUUCACAAAUAAACAUACACAGUGGUACUACUUCCAAGUGACCAAUACCCAAGCACAAGUAGUCUACAGAUUCACCAUUGUCAACUUCACCAAGCCUGCUAGUCUUUACAAUCGUGGUAUGCGCCCACUGUUCUAUUCUGAAAAAGAAGCCAAAGCUCGUAAUGUUGGCUGGCAGAGAAUAGGAGACCAGAUCAAGUACUACAGGAACAACCUGGAGCAAGAUGGGCACCAUUUUUUCUCUCUUACAUGGACAUUUCAAUUUCCGCAUAACAAGGAUACCUGCUACUUUGCUCACUGCUAUCCGUACACUUACACUAAGCUACAAGAAUACCUUUCUAGCAUCAACAAUGACCCUGUCCGGUCAAAGUUUUGUAAAAUUCGUGUUUUGUGCCACACGCUUGCUAGGAACAUGGUGUAUGUUUUAACAAUCACCACUCCCUUGAAGAACACUGACUCCAGAAAGCGAAAGGCUGUGAUUUUGACUGCAAGGGUUCAUCCAGGAGAAACCAACAGCUCUUGGAUUAUGAAAGGCUUCCUUGAUUACAUUUUAGGAGACUCAAAUGAUGCACAGUUGCUUCGGGACACUUUCGUCUUCAAGGUGGUGCCCAUGCUGAAUCCAGAUGGUGUGAUUGUGGGAAAUUAUCGGUGUUCCUUAACUGGACGGGACUUAAACCGUAAUUAUACAUCUCUUCUAAAGGAGUCCUUUCCUUCUGUCUGGUAUACUCGGAAUAUGGUUCAUAGAUUGAUGGAGAAACGAGAAGUUAUUUUAUAUUGUGAUCUUCAUGGCCACAGUAGAAAAGAGAACAUCUUUAUGUAUGGCUGUAGUGGCAGUAACAGAUCUAAAGUGUUGUACUUACAGCAACGAAUAUUUCCACUUAUGCUAAGUAAAAAUUGUCCAGAUAAAUUUUCUUUCUCAUCUUGCAAGUUUAAUAUUCAGAAGAGCAAAGAAGGCACAGGAAGGGUGGUGAUGUGGAAAAUGGGAAUCAGAAACAGCUUCACCAUGGAGGCCACCUUCUGUGGAUCAACACUGGGUAAUAAACGAGGCACUCAUUUCAACACAAAAGAUUUGGAAUCAAUGGGAUACCAUUUUUGUGAUUCGCUCUUGGACUAUUGUGAUCCUGACCGGAGCAAGUAUUAUCAGUGCCUAAAAGAAUUAGAAGAAAUGGAAAAACAUAUGAACAUGGAAAAAGUCCUUGAGGAUUCAGAUUCUUGCCCAAGAGAAAUUAGACUGGAUAUAGAGUCCAGUAGCCGAGGAUCUGACAGUUCGGAAUCCAAUGACUCUCCGACCUGCCUUCUCAAGAUUAAAACCAAGAAAAAAUAUCUGAAGACAAAGAAAGAGAGGAAUUCUACCAUAGCAAGCCAUCAAAAUGCCAAAGCAGAGGUUUUUGAUAGAGAACAUCUACUGCAGACGCACAGAGAAUCAAAUUCUGAUGCAAAAGGGAAAAUACCUGAACAGACUCCUUAUCUUCUAAAAAAAUAUUUGAGCUCCCAAAAUAUGACUCAGAGUCUUGGCAAAGACCAACACAGAUAUUUUUUAGAUACCUGUGAGAGGCCAAGCCAGGAAACAGUUCAUUCCAAGGAAAAUGAUUGGUGUGGAAGUUGUUUCCAAGUGACAUCCUUGAAGUGUCCUGUGACCCGACCAACCUCACGUUGGAGUGUGAAGAUAAAGAACCCAACAGAUCUGCAUGAUAAUUUAAAAAGCAAAGUGAAAGAAUGCACAUCUUUCCAAAGCAAGAAAACUGGCAGGAAUUGGACAGAUGAUGAAAAAAGGAUCUACAGGGAUAAACGAACAGUUCAGUCUCAAGAACUGUUGCAGUAUUUUCUCCCUAUCAUGGAAAGCCCUAAAAACAUAGACACCAAUCAGAUAAGACGGCUGUUCAAUUCAAAAACCAACUUACCAAUUUCACAUCAUAUAAAGCAAGCAUCUUGCAUAGAUAUAAAGAGAUACAGCACAUCGUGGACAACACCAAGAAAUUCCCUUUUCAUAACUCCAAAGAGUCUGACGACAAACACCGCAGACUGGCUCCAGUGUGAGCCUCAGAAGCCAGUGGGAAGUUUUUCACCUUUCAAAGGCCACAAGAGGAAAAACUGUUUUCAGACCCAGGCCACAAAGACUGAAGACACAGAGUCUCUCAGCAGCAAAUGGGAGACCGCUUCCCGACGUUUUGAAGUGGAUGUCAAUAUUCUAAAGGACAAGAAUUUUCCUGCUGAAGAAUCCAACUUGCAGAAACCUAAGCAGGUAGUUCCUCAUCUAACUAAAAAUAAAGGCAAGCAAGCAAAGAACGAUGGGCCGCUCGGCCUCUGCCAAAGUUUCCAGAGGAACAAUUAG